GCGUCAUCUUCCGGCAUCACCAAUCAAGCGGCGAUCCCGUGGAUUGAUCGAUUGGUCUAAGGAAAUCCUGAUGGGCUCCUCAAGGGGAUUCGGACUGUUCGUGAAUUCAUUGCAGGCUUCAGAGUCAAGUUGAUUCCAUAGGUGACCGUUCCUUAAGGAAUCAUUCUUGUGAAUAUUUUUGUACUGUUUCCAAGAUCCUUCUGUAAGUGUGAUGCUUAGAGUCGAACACAAUUUUCCAGGUGGAUGCAGUAGAGGCUGAACUGUUCAGUUUGGUGCAUCAGCGAUUAUGCAGGGUGACCAUGCAGAAGAGUGUGCAGAAGUACAGAAGAGUGAGAGCGCAGAAGACCCAUUACCUAGCAUGUUGUGGGGGCUGGACCCAGUACAUGGAGUAUUUGCAAAACUCUACAUCAAGGACAUCCUGGAACUUAAAAAUUCCUGUACUGUUCCAGGAGUGUUCUUCUAUAAAACCCAUCCCAUCACCAGGGUGGAUAUAUUGGGUACAGUUGUCCAGAAGCGGGAGAGAGAGAAAUUUGUCAGUUUUGGAGUGGAUGAUGGAACUGGAGUGAUCAGCUGCUUGUGCUGGAAGAAACAAAGAGCAUCGGAGAAUAUAAAACCAGCCUCAUCCUCCUUUGGUCUGAACCUCCUGGAGGAACUGAACAAGAUCACUCAGCUGGAACAACGUAACUCCCAGCUGGAUCUAGGUGAUAUCGUCCAUGUCAGAGGCUGGCUAAAAGAUUAUAGAGAGCAAAGAGAAAUCAAUUCCACCAGUGUAUCUAAGAUUGCUGAUCCCGUAUUCAGUGCACAGAUUGCUCGGAUGCUGGAGCUCCCAUAUUUAUACCGAAACUUUUAUGAUAAAACUUUUGAAAUUCCAACGGAUUCACCUGAACCAAAGCAACAGGGAGUGAAGACCCUAUCACUGCAAAGGAAUAUCAAACAGUUUCUCAAUCAAACCAGAGUGAAGAAUUUCUACCAGCAGGAACUAGAAGCCAUUGAUUCACUGGUCUGCAUCGCUCAACAAGACCAAGUGAGCACAUAUCUACAAGAGCACUCAGCCCAAACCUUACAGAAAAUCCCCAGUGUAUCAAGACAGAUUCAUGAAGUUUUUCAGGGAGCUGUCUGUGCUCUUCAGGAAGAGGGAAUUAUCUUCCAGAAAGUGGCUGGACCCAGCAAGCUUUACCUGGUGACCGAUGAGGCGAAGGAAUUACACAAUGUGACACUCAGAAUCAUUCAAGAUGACUCCGCACGACCAAAAUAUGUUGAUAAGGGCUGUCCUUUCCUUCACAUCGUGAGCUGUGUGCGGCACAGUUACAGUGCGUGCGUUAGUGAGGCCGCAGUUCAGAGAGUGCUGGAUAGAUUGGAGUGCAACAGUGAAAUAAUUAGCACCAUGGACCGACACUACACAGCUGCCUGACUGGGGUACAGCCCAAGAACCCCCUGAGGAGUGGGACAGCAACUAUGACACUGAUAACAAUAUGUAUUUUGUUGAACUGAGCCAGGAGUUGUGAGCUUGAUUCGUAACCUGUAUCUGUGAUCACCCAGGGUGCGACCAUAACCCAGGAUGUGUGAAAAUCCGCCCUGUUAUCUACAAGAGUAGCAGGGAAUGUAUCACAAAUCAACGAGGAGUUUUAAUCCCUUUUUUCAGUAAAUUUCAGAUAAAAGAUAUAAGUAAUUUGACAAAAAUUUGUCCAUGAUUGUGAACUAAUUAAAAAACUUGCAUUUA